AUGGGAGGAACAGGAGAUGGGAAGAAGCUGUGCCACAUCCAUCCCGUCCACUGCAUCGUGCGCAGCGACCGGUUGGGUUCUGGAUUGACCAUCGUCGCGCCCAACAUCGAGGAGUGCGGCAGCACCGUGGCCAGGGCCAUAGCGUCCGGUGCCGAGAACGUGGCCAAGGGGAUCCUGUGGUGCGGGGUGAUAACCGUGAACAGGCUCCACCGGGCGAACGAGGUCAGCCCGGAGAUGCUCAGGCAUAUCAAAAUGCUUCAUGUGCGUAUAUGUGACUAUUUGCUUAUGAUGAACUUGAAGACAGUCGUUAAAGUAUUCAUGGUGGAGGGAAAGGUUGAUGCUGGUCUUGGUCCUAUUUAUGCAACCUGCAUGGAAUUCAAGGAAGAAGGGCAUUUCAAACAAAGAAAUCAGCUGGUUAGAACACUGUUUAUGUCCCUUUGCCCUUUGCAUAGUAGCGAGUACUCUGUAGUUUACCCAUUUGAAAAAUACUUCUUCAAAUCCAUGGAAAAUGUUCUAUUCAUGCACUGCUGAUUGUAGCUGAAAGAGGCUAAGAUAGGAACGAUGAUGUAGGUUUAUCCCUCCCAUCAGAUUUGUU